UUAUAGUGUUAAUAAAGAAAAAACAAAUUUGUGGCAGUGCUUAGUGUUCCAAAGUGACAGUGACAGUGACAACUCCUUUCCUCAUGGCCGGUCCACGAAAUCGUGCAUAAACCUUCACCCCUUGUUUAUUUUUUUAAAUUUUAGCAACAUGUCCCGAAGGAGAGGUGAAGUCGAGGAGACCGACAAACUCACCCGUAUAGCCAUCGUUAAUGCUGAUAAAUGUAAACCGAAACGAUGUAGGCAAGAGUGUAAAAAGUCUUGUCCAGUAGUGCGGAUGGGUAAGCUCUGCAUAGAGGUUAUCCCGAACAGUAAAAUCGCUACUAUCUCUGAAGAAUUGUGCAUUGGUUGUGGUAUUUGUGUUAAGAAAUGCCCCUUCGAGGCGAUCAACAUCAUCAAUUUGCCAAGCAACUUGGCGAAAGAAACGACCCACCGUUACGGUAAAAACUCGUUCAAAUUGCACAGAUUGCCCAUACCACGUCCAGGCGAAGUCCUGGGCCUGGUAGGGACCAACGGGAUCGGCAAAUCGACCGCUUUAAAAAUCCUGGCGGGCAAACAAAAACCGAAUUUAGGUAAAUACAUGGACCCGCCCGACUGGACGGAGAUCCUCAGCCAUUUUAGAGGUAGCGAACUGCAAAAUUACUUCACGAAAAUCUUGGAGGACGACCUGAAGGCCUUGAUUAAGCCCCAAUACGUCGAUCAGAUCCCCAAGGCCGUCAAGGGAACGGUGGGACAGUUGCUGGACAAGAAAGACGAGCUGAAGAAUCAGGAUGUCAUUUGUGGCAUGUUAGAUCUAAUGCACAUCAAAGAAAGGGAAAUCAGUGCCUUGUCGGGGGGUGAGCUGCAAAGGUUCGCUUGCGCGAUGGUGUGCAUCCAGAACGGGGAUAUUUUCAUGUUCGACGAACCGUCCUCUUAUUUGGAUGUCAAGCAGCGCCUAAAUGCUGCCUUAACUAUAAGAUCCUUGUUACACGCUGAUAAGUUUAUUAUUGUGGUGGAGCACGAUCUGAGCGUCCUGGACUACCUCUCGGACUUCAUUUGUUGCCUCUAUGGGGUCCCCGGGGCCUACGGGGUGGUUACUAUGCCCUUCUCUGUACGCGAAGGCAUUAACAUUUUCUUGGACGGAUUCGUCCCGACGGAGAACUUACGUUUCAGGGACGAGUCUUUGGUGUUUAAGGUGGCGGAGUCGGCCACGGAGGAGGAGGUGAAACGGAUGAACCAUUACGAGUACCCCACCAUGUGCAAAACCAUGGGCAACUUCAAGUUGAUGGUCAAACAAGGGCAAUUUUCCGAUUCGGAAAUCCUCGUUCUGUUAGGCGAAAAUGGCACCGGGAAAACCACGUUUAUCAGGAUGCUGGCCGGGAAUUUGGAGCCGGAUUCCGGAUCAGGGAACUUGCCGCAGCUGCACAUCAGCUACAAGCCCCAAAAGAUCAGCCCCAGGUCCCAAGGGCUGGUGAGGCAGCUGCUGCACGAAAAAAUCCGGGACGCUUACAUUCAUCCGCAGUUCAUCGCGGACGUGAUGAAACCCCUUAAGAUCGACGACAUCAUCGAUCAGGAGGUGCAGAACUUGUCCGGGGGUGAAUUGCAAAGGGUCGCGAUGACCCUCUGUCUGGGAAAACCGGCCGACGUGUAUCUUAUUGACGAGCCGAGUGCCUAUUUGGACUCUGAGCAACGUUUGGUGGCCGCCAAAGUGAUCAAAAGGUUCAUUAUCCACGCUAAGAAAACGGGUUUUGUCGUGGAGCACGAUUUCAUAAUGGCUACUUACCUUGCGGAUCGGGUGAUAGUGUUCGAGGGUCAACCGUCGGUUAAUACGGUCGCCAACACCCCUCAAACCCUAUUGGCCGGCAUGAAUCGCUUUUUGGAACUGUUGGGCAUCACCUUCCGUAGGGAUCCGAACAAUUUUAGACCUCGCAUCAACAAGUUGGACUCGGUGAAGGAUACAGAACAGAAAAGGGCCGGACAGUAUUUCUUUUUGGAAGACUAAUAGGUAAACCACAAUAUUUUCCUCAGUUUGAAAAAGCAUUUGGUAUUUUUACUAUUGUUUCUCGCGUUCUUUUUUCGGUUAUAACUUUGUUACAUUAAUUGGCGCAAAAACAUGUUAAUAAAUGAGGUCCCAAAGGAA